AUGGGAUUACCUCAGAAACAGCGUCAGCAUGAAUGUUCCAGUAAUGGCAAUCGACCGCUGGUCAAGAGGAAUCCGCCGUCGUCUUCUGGUGGAACUGACCUUCGAAUCUCUUCACCCAACACUCUCACUCGAAAUGGAAAUUUUUGCUCAUCUGAUGGCCCUGUCCUCCAGGUUCUUGAGACAAGCCACCCUUUCAGCUUGGAGGCGAUAUAA